GGCGCCUCGAGCGGCGGCGCAGCGCCCCGCCGCCCCCCGCAUGCCAUGUCGUGGCUGUCCACGGUGGGCGCCGGCGCGCAGGCGCUGCGGCAGGGCGCGCGGCAGGUCCGCGAGCGGUUGCGGGGCGGCGCCGCCCCGCCCGCGGACCACGGCGCCGAGCUGGAGCAGCAGGUGCGCGCGGCGGCGACGCCCGCGGAGCGGGAGGAGAUCAGCCACGCUUGGGCCGCUCGCCUCGCGCACCGGGGCGGCGACCCAGCGCUGCGGCGGGCGCUGCUCCGCACCGGCGCCUGCGAGGCGUUGCUGGAGGCGGCGGCCCUGGACCACAGGCCCGGAGCCGUCGGGGGCCUUCGGAUGCUGCUGACGCAGGUGCUCGACUGCCCGGAGUUGCUGCGCUCCGAUCUGCUUCAGGCAGCCGCCGGCGGCGGGGAGCUCCUGGGCGAGCAGCACGUGGCGUGGCUGGUCCGCGUGCUGGGGGCGCUGAAGGCCGACGCCCGGGAGGAGGCCCGGCGGGCGGAGCGGCACCAGCUCAGCCAGGACAUCGAGCACCUGGCCCAGGAGCUCGAGGAGUUGGACGCGCACCCCGACCUCCAGGGCAAGAGCGACAAGUCCUUCAAGCUGAGGGCGCGCCAGCUCGAGGUGUCUGGCGAGCUGCUGGACGUGUACGCUGCGCUCCGGCAGAGCAUCGAGGAGGCCAAGGCUUACCAGGGCGAGGUGCAGGAGAGGCGCGAGGAGGAGCUGGUCGUCAUCGGCGAGGAGGCGACCGAGUACUCGGCCUCGCUCCAGAGCCCGGGCGUGAGGCAGAUUGGUGGACAUCUCCGAGCAGUUCGACGGCUUCGACGCGCUGAUGCUGCAAGUGUGGACGAGCGGCACCGCGCGCUGCAGGCUGAGCUGCAGGAGUCGCACGAGAUCACCCAGACGUUGCUGCAGGAGAUGGACACGCAGCGAGCGGACGCCGACGCCUCCAUCAUGCAGCUGGAGGAGCAGAAGCGCGGCCUGAAGGUCCGGCUGGACGAGGUGUCGCACCAGCUGGCGCAGGCGCAGAUCGAGCAGCGGAGCCACCUGGAGCAGCGAGACGAGCAACGAAGGAUCGUCGACGCCAUCGAGGCGGAGUUCCGCGCCGAGAUCCAGCACGAGGAGGCCCUGGUCUCCCGCGCGAGGCACGAGCAGCGCACGGCGGAGCGCCUCAGGUUGGAGACAGAGUAA